CACUUCAGUGAAUGCAGGACUUUAGUUUAAACAACAGCAUCAACAACAGACCAACGAACGGUACUUCACUGACACUAGCAAAUAUGAGAUCUUCCAAACAACAUCUGCAGACGCUGGCGCUAGCAAUAUUUGUUCUAUCGUGUCUUGCAUUUGCGGCUGAAAGUCAAUCGACAGGCAAAUUAAGCCAAAAUGCCUGCGUUAACAAAGCCACCUGUCACGAAUGUAUACAGACACUAGAGUGUGCCUGGUGUUCGGACCCAAAACUUGGUGACAAACCCAGGUGUUUUUCGGAAUAUAUGAAUAAUUUCUGUAGUGCUCAAUAUACACAAAAUCCAAAGACCCAACAAGAGAUUUUGGUCAAUAAAGUACUGAGUCGAGCAAGUGGACGGGCCGCUAUGGGUGGUGGACAAAUGUCAGCUGGAAGUUCCUAUUAUUACAACUCCUCCUACAGCAGUUCUUCAUCGGCUGGUGCCUCUGGUUCAUCAGCUGCAGCCAGUAGCUAUGCGGAGGAGAUUAUACAAAUCAGUCCACAAAGAGUGAAUUUAAAAUUGCGUAUGAAUGAAGCCCACAAUUUACAAUUCCGUUACAAACAAGCCGAAGAUUAUCCUGUUGAUUUGUAUUAUCUUAUGGACUUGUCUAAAUCUAUGGAAGAUGACAAAGAGAAAUUAUCGGCUUUGGGUGAUUUACUGUCGGAUACUAUGCGUAAAAUUACCUCCAAUUUCCGUUUGGGUUUUGGUUCAUUCGUUGAUAAAGUACUAAUGCCUUAUGUCUCUACUGUACCCGCAAAACUGGAACAUCCCUGUGAUCAAUGUGCAGCACCCUAUGGUUAUCGCAACCAUAUGCCUUUGAGUACAAAUACCGCAAAAUUCACUACUGAAGUGAAAAAUGCCCCUGUCUCCGGUAAUUUGGAUGCUCCUGAAGGUGGCUUUGAUGCCAUUAUGCAAGCCAUUGCUUGUCGCCAACAAAUCGGAUGGCGUGAACAGGCCCGUCGUUUGUUGGUGUUCUCCACAGAUGCUGGCUUCCAUUUUGCUGGCGAUGGGAAGCUUGGCGGUAUUAUUACUCCCAAUGAUGGCGAAUGCCACCUAAAUGAUGCUGGCCUUUAUACCCAUUCGGUUAUACAGGAUUAUCCAAGUAUCUCACAUAUAAAUCAUAAAGUAAGACAAAAUUCUAUUAACAUCAUUUUUGCUGUCACCGCCGAUCAGCACUCCGUCUAUCAGAAAUUGUCUUCAAAAAUUGAAGGUUCCUCAAGUGCUGUUUUGUCCAAAGAUUCGGCCAAUGUUGUCGAUUUGGUUAGAGAGGAAUAUAGUAAAAUCUCAUCCUCCAUUGAAAUGAAAGAUAAUGCCACUAGCCACAUUAAGAUUACCUAUCAUUCAACCUGUUUGAAUAGCGGCAGCAAUGAAUUGGAAACUGCCAAAUGUGAUGGCCUGAAAGUUGGUGAUAUUGUCACCUUUAGUGCUAAAAUCAUGGUUACUUCUUGUCCCGCCGAUCCUGCCGAAUGGAAUCAGGUUAUUCAAAUCUAUCCUGUGGGCAUUAAUGAAAGUUUAAUUGUCAAUUUGGAAAUGUUGUGCUCUUGUGAUUGUGAACGUCCCGGAUCACCUGGUUAUAAAAUUAACUCACCCACAUGUAAUGGUCAAGGCAGAUUAAUGUGUGGCAUUUGUGAUUGUGAUGACAUGCAUUUCGGUCACAACUGCGAAUGCACCACUAAUGAGAUACAUCCAGGGAAAAACAAUGAUUACGGCUGCCGUCCGGAUAAUUCCUCAAUUGUUGACUGUAAUGGGCGUGGCACCUGUUUGUGCGGUGUUUGUGAUUGUGAGAAACGUGCCAAUCCCGAUGAGAUUAUAUCAGGACGUUUCUGUGAAUGUGAUAACUUUUCGUGUGAACGUUACGAGCAACAAUUGUGUUCGGGUCCCGAUCAUGGCACCUGUGAUUGUGGUGUGUGUACCUGCAAGGCUGGCUGGUCGGGCAGCGCUUGUAAUUGUAAGACCUCCAUCGAAAGCUGUUAUCCCCCUGAUGGUGGUGAAAUUUGCUCUGGUCACGGUGAUUGCGUUUGCGGCAAAUGCGAAUGUACAUCAACUGAAGAGGGACGUUUCUUUGGCGACCACUGUGAAAAAUGUCCCACUUGUUCUGAUCGUUGUCUUGAUCUCAAAGCCUGUACCCAGUGUCAAGUAUAUCAAACUGGCCCCCUAAAGAACCCUCAAGAUUGUCGCACUAAUUGCACCCUAUUCAAACCCAUAGAAGUUGAUAAGAUAGAAAUCGAGGAGAGCAAAGGCGAAUAUUUGUGCACAUUCUAUGAUGAGAACGAAUGCAAAUUCAAAUUUAAAUAUAGUAAUAAUGAAGAUAACAAGAUUGUGGUGGUGGCCCAAAACAAACUUGAAUGUGCACCGAAAGUUUUUAUGUUAGGCAUUAUAAUGGGUGUCAUAGCCGCUGUUGUUUUGGUGGGUUUGGCCAUAUUGCUGUUCUGGAAACUAGUGACUACCAUACAUGAUCGCCAUGAAUUUGCUAAAUUUGAGAAAGAGCGCAUGAAUGCCAAAUGGGAUACUGGAGGAAAUCCUAUUUACAAACAAGCCACAACAACAAUCAAAAAUCCCAUCUUUACUGACAAACAAAAGAGCCCUUAAGCAAUCAGUAUCUUAAAAAGCUGGCAUAUGAGAUGAAACCCUUACUUCAAAAUAUUUUCAUUUUCCUUACCAAAUCUCGUUCUUGUAUUAAAUUGUAUCGUUUUAAUAUUGAUAUUUAACACCAAAUUCUGUUAACUGUCUUUGUUUGACCUAUAACGAACUCAUCUUAAUAUUAUUUAACUGAAAUAUAUCACUACCUCUAUUAA